UAACACACAACAAUAACAAAAUGUUUACAAAAUCGAUCCUUUUACCUUUUCUUCUGAUAAUCAUCUUCGUCUCAUCAUCUCAAGGUAGUCGUCAACUCUGGGAUAGUGGAUUCAGCGAGAUGUUUGGAUCCAAAUCCGGGUUUCAUGGGUUUUCCGGGUUCUCAUCAGGGAACUCUGGAGUUUCUGGAGGCGGAUUCGGAUUUGGAAAUGUAAUGAAUCCGACACAAACAUGCCCGGCGCAAGGACCUUGUAACGGUAAGAAGCUGACAUGUCCGGAGGAGUGCUACAAAUCAACCAACGUUAACAAGGAUGGUUUCAAAAGCACCAGCCGCAGCGGAGGAUGUUCAUUUGACUGCACGACCAAGUGUGCCGCGUCCUGUAGUUCAAAUUAACAAGUUAAUUUUGUACAUAUAUAUAACCAUGCAUGUACUUAUAUUAUGUUGGUAUGUUACGUUAUAGCACUAUAUAGUCUAUGUAUAAAUAUGAUAAAAGGGGCACGUUGUAUUGGAGUUUUUGUGUCUUCCUUUGUAUGGAUCUUG